AUGUUUUACGAUUGGAAUGCUUUUUUGCGAGGGACUAUUACCGGUAUAUUGACGUUUGCAACGAUACGUCAUGUAUUAUCGAAACUGAUAUCAUGCAAAGACGAACGACACCGAUGGAAGCAAGUUAAUGUGGUAACAUCAUUUAUUCAUUCAAUUUUGUCAUCUUUGAUUUGCAUUUAUUGUGCACUGGAAAAUCCUAAAAUGUUAACAACAGAAAUGAUAUCAUCAUUUACAUCGAAUGCCUACUCAUAUGUAUCGUUUGAAAUAGGUUAUUUUAUCUAUGAUUCAAUGGAUAUAUUAAGAAAAUCAAUUAAUAAACAAACAUAUGAAUAUCUUCUACAUCAUUGCGUUGUUAUUGGAUGUUUUGGUAUUUCAGUUUGCCGCGGUCAGUUCAUUGGAUAUUGUGUUCUUAGUUUAUUUAUUGAAAUUAAUAGCAUAUUUUUGCAUUUCCGACAAUUACUCGUAUUUUGGAAUAUAUCUCGAAAAGAGAAAAUUUUUCUCAUUAAUUCAUUUCUGAAUUUCAUUACAUUUAUUGUCUUCCGCUUCGGUAUUAUUACAUAUAUGUGCAUUUGGUUAGUAAACAAUCGUUUCAACGUCCUAUUCAUUUUUUAUAUAAUUGGUCAAUCAGGAUUGUUAGCCAUGACAAUAAUAAAUAUAUGUCUUUUCUAUCGAUUGAUAAAAAGUGGUUCUACAUAG